AUGAUUAUCUAUUGGUUAUCCUAUUCGUUUGGUCGAUUGAUAUGUGCAUUUGCAUCCGUAUUUAUUGAACCCCAUAUAUCAUUGUCUGUAGCGUGGAUAACUGGUCUAGGUAUAGCUACUUUAUGGAUAAUCUAUGUAUGGAUUAUUCGUUUAUCCAUCACAUCAUUAUUUGUACUUGGUGCAUUUACGGGUCUGGUAUUUUCACCUAUAUUUCCACUAUCAUUUGGUUUCAUAAAUACUCGAUUAAACGUUAUACCAGCAUUAUUGGCCGUAUUUUUAUCUGGAACAGCCUUUGGAAGUAUUUUAUUUCAAAAAUUAGCUGGUAAAUUAUUAGAUUCAAAUCCAAAACAUUUUCCAACUUUACUGAUAACAUGUGUUUUACUUGCAAUUAUGUUUUAUGCUGCCACAACAGUUGUUAAUAUUUUAUAUAAAAAGAAUACAAAAACAAAUAAGAAAUUCUCACCAUCUAGUGAAAAUCGUGAACAUUCAGUUCGAGAUACAAAUAAACUGGCGGCCGCAGAAGAAGAACAAAAUAUGGCCAAUUUUUGUGCUGAACAAGAUGACAAAGAUAAUACAUCAUUGUAA